GACAUGCAGCGGUAAGACCACCAGUAUCCGGCCUUGCUGAUCUCAAAGACACCUCCACGAUAACAAAUCUGAAAGAUAGGAGAGAAAACAGUAACAUUUAGUGAGGUGCUGUACUUACAUCAAAAGGAAAGUCACUAUGAAAAUCAACCUUGAGUUUAGAGGAGGCGCUGAACUCCUGGUGAACAAUGUGUCCCAACACUCUGUUGACUUGGACGGCUCGAAGUGGACCAUUGCAAGUCUCCUGGAGUGGAUAAAAACCAACCUGAUCCAGGAGCGGCCAGAGCUAUUCCUGCAGGGUGGGUCUGUGCGGCCCGGCAUCCUGGUGCUGGUCAAUGAUGCUGACUGGGAGCUUCUGGGCCAGUUGGACUAUGAACUGCAAGAAGGCGACAGCAUUCUUUUUAUCUCGACUCUUCAUGGAGGCUAAAGGAAAGAUAUAUCCACACAUGUAGGUUUUCCUCAGAGAACCUUUGUGUUGUAAGUGUUAAAUUAGUUUGUAAAUUUUUUGUAUUUAGGUUUAUUCAUAGAAAAGUGUUUUCAUAAUUUCUUGAAGUUGAUUUUUUAUUAAUCACAGCAAGAGACAUAACCGCACAUGUAGGCUUUCCUUGAAGAGCCUCUGUGUUUUAGGUUGAGUUUGUAAAUCUCUUGUAUUAAGGUUUAUUCACUGGGAGGUAUUUUCAUAAUUUCGUGAAGUUGACUAUAAUUACUAGUUUUGCAAUUACAUAAACAAAGUAAAAUGGCAGCAUCACUAUCACUGACAAUAUAGCUACUCUAACUAGAACCACGACUACACAAGAACCUACACCACCAUAACCACUGCUGCUGUCAUCUAACCACAACCUUUAUGCCCAUCUUACGUGAAAUUGUGUAGCAUAAAAUACAUGCAGAAAAAAAAAUGUACGUACCUUCACAUGUCCAUCAUCUAACAUUAUUACUUUUAGACAGCUGUGAAUGUAAGGAUGACGCAAGGCUCUCCCCACUGUGUAGCAUACAUUACAUACAGAAAAAACUGUACUAAUUUUUCCAUGUCCUUCAUCUAACGUUAUUAUUUAUAGACAGCUGUGAAUGUAAGGAUGAUAUAAACCUUUCCUAACUACGCACACACACACAAAAAAAAAAAAAAGGAAAAGUUGUGGGGAAUGUGUAAGGUUUCCUAAACAAGGUGAGAUAAAACAGCUACUCGGCUCACUCGUUGCUUGUCUUGGGUGACUCACCAUUUACCUAUACAUGUACAGGGAUGGGAAAGCUCUAACCUGGUAUAAGAGAUGCAUGAAAAUGAAAAUAAUAAAUAAACAGAAAACUGGUGGACUAUUUUCUGUACAGAAAAAUGUUAAUCCUCAGGCACACACACACACACACACCCACACACACACACACACACAUAGUUUUGCAUUUUUCAUCACUCAGGCUUAGAUCAGGUUAUAGUUUUUUUCAAUUGUACACCUGAAUGAGGGAAACUUUUCUCUAGAAUAGACUCACCUGACUACCUGCUGCUUUGAUUCACCUGUUCCUUACUAGACUGUCAUCAAUAAAAGCUAUGGAGCAUCCAGAAAA